UUCAUCUUCACGUACUGCUAUUGUACCCUCGCACAUUCACUCCACUACAUUGUCCGUAUUGAGUCAGCAUUCUCGCUCUUCAGCAUGCCGGAGAAGACUCUCGAAGAGCAGCUGGCCGAGCUCGAAAUGGAAGCGGAGGCCCCAGCCGCACCUCCGCCUAAGAGCUCUAAGGGCACCAAAGCUGGGCGCAAGGGUGCAGACCACACCACAGAGACUGAUGAUGCUGCUCUUAGGGAGCUUGAGGAGCUAGAGGCCCUCGAGAAGUAUCAGCGCCCCGAGAUUCCGAGACCAUCAAGUCGUCCAAACACCCCUAAAUUGUCGUCAUCCUCCACCACCUCCAGCAAUCCCCGCCGCGCAGGCAUCGCAACACCGUCGUCAACGGGUUCUGGUCGUACCAGCGAGGAAAAGACGCAGGCGCCGAGAAAGUCUGGGGAGAGUGCGAGGUCAUUUCAUCAGAGCUUUGCGCCUACUGAAGAGGAGGAUACACAGAAGCCCGCACCCGAACCGAAGCAAUCGUCUGGAGGAUGGUGGGGCGGACUCCUUUCCACUGCGACCGCUACAGCGAAUGCCGCCAAGAAGCAGGCUGAAGCAGCGUUGAGUGAGAUUCAGAAGAGCCAGGAAGCACAGCGGUGGGCGGAACAAGUACGAGGGAAUGUGGGAGCACUAGGUGCAUUGAAGGGCAUCGGAGGUGAACUCCAAAAACGCGCAUUGCCAACCUUCACAAACAUCCUCCAUACCCUAGCUCCUCCCAUCUCUCAGCAUGAACGACUUCAAAUACACAUCACUCACGACCUGAUCGGCUACCCCUCUCUUGAUCCCAUCAUCUAUCAGACCUUCUCCACCGUCAUGGAGCAAGUGGAGGGAGGAGACCUGAUGGUCAUCCAACGGGGAUCUGAAUCAACGCAUCGAGGCUCUCUCGAUGGCUUCAGGGGAGGAGGCAGCGGUUGGAACGACGGCCCCUGGUGGCGCCACACCGACAAGCGUGACUUGGGGGUCGUGAAGGGGCUGGUUGAAGGCACGAAGCUUGCUCGCGUCAGCGCUGAGACCUAUGCGAACGAGUUCUUCGCGGCCCGUGGCGGAGUCGAGGAAGCAGCGAAACAUGCCACCCAGGUCCUCAGCGAAUCGAAUCCCGUCAGGAGCAGCGACAUCUUCCUUGCCCUCCAGGCCGUCAGCUACCCGGCUCCGGAGGACCUAUUCGCAAGCUCAGCAUCAUCGGAUGCGGAGAAGACGGAAGGUGUGCAGGAGCCGAAGGAAGAGGACGAGCUCGUCACGUUUGCCGUCUAUCUCCACGAUCCCAUUCACAGCAUCAGCUUCAAGGGGCUCAGUCAAGCCUUUCCGGCUAAGUGGGUGCAGUGGCUUGACGCGCCUGUUGCUGAAGACGCGGAAGGGAGCAACUCGCAUCUGCCACCCGAGAUCCAAGAGAUCAUUGCAAGCGGGGGUGUAGAUCCUCGCGAGUGGGUAGCCGAGUGGAUGGAGGAGACGAUCGGUCUUGCUGUCGGUAUUGUUGCGCAGCGGUAUGUUGCUCGCCGGAUGGGUGUUGGUGAGGGAGGUAUUGGAAGGGGAAAGGCACGGGAGGCGGUUGUUGAAGCCGGUGGCGGUGAGGCAGCGCGUGCUGGAAUCAUUUGAGUCAGCGUUGAAGCGUUCCUACCCUUUUACACGAGGAUAUGUUCUCGGUGGAGCUGGGAUUUGUGGAGUAGUAUCAACCCAGGGAUAUCUCAUUGUGUGGAUGUCCAGUGCUAUUGUAGGCUUCACGCCUCUGCAACAUGAUGAAUUUACGGCAGCAUCUCCCGAU